GAGGCGGGUCCUCGUGCUCUGCGCUCAUUCUCUCGGGUGAAGAUGGCGGAGACGGACGUGUCCUCCGCAAAGAAGAAAAAGAAGGCCAAGAAAAUCAGUGAUGAAGAAGUUGGGGAGAUCCAGCAGAGUGGAAACUUCUUCAUCCAGCCAGAGUCUAAAGUUCCCUCCCUGGACACGUCGCAGUGGCCCCUCCUGCUGAAGAACUUCGAUAAACUGAACAUCCGUACGGCGCACUACACGCCUCUACCGAGCGGCAGCAACCCGCUGCAGAGGAACAUCCAGGACUACGUCAGGUCCGGCUUCAUAAAUUUAGACAAACCGGCGAACCCGUCGUCCCACGAGGUGGUGGCAUGGAUCCGCCGCAUCCUGCGGGUGGAGAAGACGGGGCACAGCGGCACCCUCGACCCCAAAGUCACCGGCUGCCUGAUCGUCUGCGUGGACCGAGCAACGCGGCUGGUCAAGUCCCAGCAGAGCGCCGGUAAAGAGUAUGUGGGAAUUGUACGGCUGCACAAUGCGAUAGAGAGCGAACACACUCUGGCCCGGGCGCUGGAGACGCUGACCGGCGCCCUGUUCCAGCGGCCGCCGCUCAUCGCCGCCGUCAAGCGGCAGCUGCGAGUCCGGACGAUCUACGAGAGCAAGCUGAUCGAGUACGACCCCGAGCGGAGGCUAGGGAUCUUCUGGGUGAGCUGCGAGGCGGGAACCUACAUCCGGACGCUGUGCGUCCACCUGGGGCUGCUGCUGGGCGUCGGCGGACAGAUGCAGGAGCUGCGGAGGGUCCGGUCGGGAGUCCUGGGAGAAAAGGACAACCUGGUGACGAUGCACGACGUGCUGGACGCCCAGUGGCAGUUCGACCACAACAAAGACGAGACGUACCUGCGGCGGGUCAUCCUGCCGCUGGAGAAGCUGCUGGUGUCGCACCGCCGCCUGGUGAUGAAGGACAGCGCGGUCAACGCCAUCUGUUACGGCGCCAAGAUCAUGCUGCCGGGCUUGCUCCGGUACGAAGACGGCAUUGAGGUGAAUCAGGACAUCGUCGUCGUGACGACCAAAGGCGAAGCGAUCUGCACAGCCGUGGCGCUGAUGACCACAGCGGUCAUCUCCACCUGCGACCACGGCGUGGUGGCCAAGAUCAAGCGGGUGAUCAUGGAGAGGGACACGUAUCCUCGUAAAUGGGGUCUGGGACCGAAGGCGAGUCAGAAGAAAAAGAUGAUCCAGAAAGGACUUCUGGACAAACACGGGAAGCCGAACGGCAGCACGCCGGCGGACUGGAGCGAGCAGUACGUGGACUACAGUGCUCCCGCGGCGACGGAGGAGCCGGCUGACGCUUCAGCGAAGAGGAAGAGAGUGGCAACUGACAGCGACGGAGAUGCGGCGCCUGCAGAGGAGGCCAAGAAGAAGAAAAAGAAGAAGGAGAAAAAGAUAAAAGUGGAUGAGGACGCAGCGGAGGGGGGGAAUGACGCCGAGACGGGGCCGGACGACACGGGGGCGGAGCCUGCAGCAGAGGGUGGGGAAAGUGCCAAAAAGAAGAAAAAGAAGAAGAAAAUAAAGGAGGAAGAGGCAUCUGAUUGAUGGAUUACGCUGGACUCCGCCCACAUCACACCUGUUGAAAAACAAUGCAUUCUGGGACUGAAAUAAUGGACUGCCUCAGCAGAAGGAAUGUUUUUUUUAUAGCUUGUUUUUUUGUAAAUAUGUAAACAGGAAACCUGUUUUAAUUUCAAAAUAAAGUUUUUUCUGUAUUUC